AUGCAUCGGGCGAGUCUGAUAUGCCGUCUCGCGUCGCCUAGCCGCAUCAAUGCUAUCAGAAGUGCUUCUGGCAAGAAUUACGUCGCUGCUUCACCACUCACCCAGGUAUGCCCGUAUUCUCGAAAUGUUUCGCAACGUGGCACGUUUCUCAGCAACGUCAUCAAUCGGUGGCUGCUUCCGUCAAGCAUGAGCCAUUCCUGAACGGCUCUUCGUCCGUGUACAUCGAGCAGAUGUACGAGGCGUGGCUCCAAGACCCGUCCUCCGUGCACACCUCGUGGGAUGCGUACUUCCGCAACGUCGAAGCUGGCGCUGGACCCGGACAAGCUUUCCAGGCUCCGCCGUCCACCUCAUAUGCUGGAACUCUCGGAAUUCCAGUCGCCCAUGCUACGUCGUAAGUUUAUUUUUCAUAAUAUCGUAAGUCUCAUCCUAGUAAUCUGUUUCAGUGCCGCCCCGGCCGCCCGCCUUGACACGAACGCAUCCGUUCAAUCGAUCUCGGAUCACUUGAAGAUCCAGCUGUUGAUUCGCAGUUAUCAGACUCGCGGGCACAACAUCGCCGAUCUCGAUCCUCUCGGAAUAAAUAGUGCCGAUUUAGACGACACGAUUCCUCCAGAACUCGAACUUUCCUUUUACGGACUCGGAGAGCGCGAUUUGGACCGCGAGUUUCUUCUUCCACCGACCACAUUCAUCAGCGAGAAGAAGAGCUUGACGUUGAGAGAAAUUCUCCAAAGACUCAAGGUAACUUCUGUUCAUUUCUUGCUUUCUUCAGUUGUACCAUUUUCAGGAGAUCUACUGUACCAGCACUGGAGUUGAGUACAUGCAUCUGAACAAUUUGGAGCAGCAAGACUGGAUCCGCCGUCGUUUCGAGGCUCCACGUGUCACCGAACUGUCGCACGAUCAGAAGAAAGUGCUUUUCAAGCGCCUCAUUCGUUCUACCAAAUUCGAAGAGUUUCUUGCCAAGAAGUGGCCAAGUGAGAAGCGCUUCGGACUCGAGGGAUGCGAAGUGCUCAUUCCGGCUAUCAAGCAGGUCAUCGACUCCUCUUCCACUCUCGGAGUCGACUCGUUUGUGAUCGGAAUGCCGCAUCGUGGAAGACUCAACGUGCUCGCCAACGUGUGCAGACAGCCACUCGCGACCAUCCUCUCGCAAUUCUCAACUCUCGAGCCGGCCGACGAAGGAUCUGGAGAUGUCAAAUACCAUUUGGGAGUUUGCAUCGAAAGACUCAACAGACAAUCGCAGAAGAACGUCAAAAUUGCUGUCGUCGCCAAUCCGUCUCACUUGGAAGCUGUCGACCCUGUCGUCAUGGGAAAAGUCCGUGCGGAGGCGUUCUAUGCCGGAGACGAGAAAUGCGACCGUACAAUGGCCAUUCUUCUUCACGGAGACGCCGCUUUCGCCGGACAAGGAGUUGUGCUCGAGACUUUCAACUUGGACGAUCUGCCGAGCUACACCACCCACGGAGCCAUCCACAUCGUUGUCAACAACCAGAUCGGAUUCACCACCGACCCAAGAUCUUCUCGUUCUUCCCCCUACUGUACCGACGUUGGACGUGUUGUCGGAUGCCCAAUAUUCCACGUCAAUGUCGACGAUCCGGAGGCUGUGAUGCACGUGUGCAAUGUGGCUGCUGACUGGAGAAAGACCUUCAAGAAGGACGUCAUCGUCGAUUUGGUCUGCUACAGACGUCACGGACACAACGAGUUGGACGAGCCAAUGUUCACGCAGCCGCUCAUGUACCAGCGUAUCAAGCAGACGAAGACGGCAUUGGAAAAGUAUCAGGAGAAGAUCUUGAACGAAGGAGUCGCCAACGAGCAAUACGUCAAGGAAGAGCUCACCAAAUACGGAGCUAUCCUUGAAGACGCCUACGAGAACGCCCAGAAGGUGACGUACGUGAGAAACAGAGAUUGGCUCGACUCGCCGUGGGACGACUUCUUCAAGAAGCGUGACCCACUGAAGCUGCCAGCCACUGGACUCGAGCAAGAGAACAUUGACCACAUCAUCGGAAAGUUCGGAUCGUACCCAGAAGGAUUUAGUCUUCAUCGUGGAUUGGAGAGAACGUUGAAGGGAAGACAGCAGAUGCUCAAGGACAACACGGCAAGUUUGAAUCUGCCAGUACUCAAUCUUAUAUUACUAUUAUUUUAGCUUGACUGGGCUUGCGGAGAGGCUCUCGCCUUCGGAUCGCUUCUGAAGGAGGGAAUUCACGUGAGAUUGAGUGGACAAGACGUCGAGAGAGGAACGUUCUCCCAUCGUCACCACGUCCUUCAUGACCAGAAAGUUGAUCAGAAAGUAAGUUGAAAAUAAACCGACUAUUCUGAUGAAAUGAGGGUUUGAAGGUGUACAAUCCCCUGAACGAUCUUGCCGAGGGACAAGCCGAGUACACUGUCUGCAACUCAUCGCUCUCUGAAUACGCCGUACUCGGAUUCGAACUCGGAUAUUCCAUGGUCGACCCGAACUCGCUCGUCAUCUGGGAGGCUCAGUUCGGAGACUUCUCCAACACUGCCCAGUGCAUCAUUGAUCAGUUCAUUUCUUCGGGACAGUCGAAAUGGAUCCGUCAGUCCGGAUUGGUGAUGCUUCUGCCGCACGGAUACGAAGGAAUGGGACCGGAGCAUUCUUCGGCCAGACCAGAACGAUUCUUGCAAAUGUGCAAUGAAGACGAUGAAAUCGACCACGAGGUAUUUUGAAAAGUAAAGGAAGCGAUUGGAAAGUUGUUUUAAUUACAGAAGGUCGCUUUCGGAGGAACGUUCGAGGCCCAGCAGCUUCACGACACCAACUGGAUCGUUGCCAACUGCACGACACCAGCCAACAUCUUCCAUCUUCUGCGCCGACAAGUCACCAUGCCGUUCCGCAAGCCAGCCAUCGUUUUCUCGCCGAAAUCGCUUCUCCGUCACCCACUGGCCCGCUCGCCAGUUGAAGACUUCCAGGCUGGAUCCAACUUCCAGAGAGUCAUACCAGAAACUGGAGCUCCAUCACAGAACCCAGCCGGAGUGCAGAGGGUCGUUUUCUGCACCGGAAAGGUCUACUACGAUAUGGUUGCCGCUCGCAAGCACGUUGGAAAGGAGAACGACGUUGCGCUGGUGCGAGUGGAGCAACUUUCUCCGUUCCCGUACGAUUUGGUGCAACAAGAGUGCAGGAAAUACCAAGGAGCUGAGAUCCUCUGGGCUCAGGAGGUUUGAAUUUGCCGAAGAAGAUAGGCGAUUGAAGUAAUGUUUUUCAGGAGCACAAGAACAUGGGAGCUUGGUCGUUCGUUCAGCCAAGGUUCAACUCGCUUCUCUCGGUCGACGGUCGCUCGACCAAGUACGCUGGACGUCUUCCAUCUUCAUCGCCAGCCACCGGAAACAAGUACACGCAUUUGCAAGAGCAGAAACACAUGAUGAGCAAAGUGUUCGGAGUGCCCAAGUCGCAGCUUGAAGGAUUUAAAGCCUAA